CUUAGCGGCCUUACGAGACAAUUCUGAUGACUGCUCACAGAUGAUCAAUGGAUUUUCUUGUUUGGAUCACAUCCACUCCUCAAAAAUUUCAAAGCAUGAUUCAAUCUGGUUCAUCGCUACAAAAAAAGUUGUGACCACAUUAUCGCAGUAAGUAGAAUAAAUGUGCUGUCUGUUCUGAGUUAGAACAAGGACUUAAUGAUAAAUUGUUGCUGACUUGAAAAUUUCGCUACUGACGUGAUCCAAACAAUAUUUACAUUUUUUGCUUAUAUAUGCUCAAUAUACUACGAAAACAAUGACGUUGGGCGAUCUUCCAUUGUUCGAGGGAUCUGUCCCCGUGGGAGCUCGACACUUUGACCAUUUCGCCACAGACCAAAGAGGACACGUCGUAAUUUUUUGGCUCUCCCGUGGCGAGCUGAGAUAGUUGACGAAAUCGCUGACUAAAAUUUGGUACGAGUGGCUCACAGAAGAGUUUCGCUUUUAAGCCUCGUAAUAUGUAGAAAAAGUCUACGAGUUUAGUAUAAUAACGGAUUACAUACUCUUUGAAUCAUUGGGGUUCGCUCCUGGCCCGUCGUCGCCAGCCUCCAAAAGGAUAUAGCUUACGCUUGAAUAGAAAACGCAACAUUUCGUUCACAUUAUCUUUCAAAUGCACGUGUUAUCCGCAAUUGCAUCCGGCAUCUCAUUGAGGGCGCUGCGGAAGAUACGGAAUUUUGGCGAGCUUGGUCGUCUUUGACACGAUUUUUUGACUGCUUAGACCGUGGUGCAAUUGUCGACCCUUCACCAAGAGUUGCUCUGUUAUUCACUCUCUCGAGCUUUCUCGGUAACGAUACCUCGUCAAUGCAGGUCCUUUCAUGCUUUGAAAAUACAUAUCAGUGCACGGUCGACACGAUGAACUCCGGGUUCUUCCAGAAAAUUUUUUCAUUCCGUCAUUAUGGCCGAAAAAAAUGUAUCUUUGGGCAGCGGUAUUAGCAAUAGAUCUAGGCAAGAUCUAAUGACUUAUUCACCGCUCAGAGCUGCUGCAGAGAUCUCGACGGUCAGAAGGAGCUGGUGUUCUUGGCUCCAAAUUCGGCGCUGGUGGAUGUGUGAAAUCUUGGAGAGCUGGAACCUCGAAAUGAUAAAGCCUUACAAGUUACUUAACGCGGUAGUAUUCGGAUUCAUUGAUAAAUGCACGCUUUUGCUCUAUACUUAUUCAAUUUCUCACAACAAUUUACUGCGCAAGUACCUUACACUGGACACUGUCACUAAAUUGCAACAUAAGCUCUCAACCACUUUGUCGAUGUCUCGUUGGGUGCAAGUUCUUCUGCAACCGAGUACUUUAUCUGAUUCAAAGCCUAAUUAUAUGUCCGUGAGUGAAAAAUCGGACAAAACAGCUAGCGAUAGCUUAAGAAAUGGUGAAGAAUGGGAAGAAGAUCAACUUGUAAUUGUGUUUUAUUAUUUUCAGUCGUAACACAAUACAAUCGAAAUUUAAUGUUAAUACAAUUCACUACUUGGAAUGGUGGGUUGAUUUUUUG